AUGGUUCUUGUUGUUCCACUCGAGAAUUUAAAUGCGCUGGCAUGGACCCUAUUCAGUAUCUCGACUGUACUUACAUUUGGCCGUUUCUACAUUAGAUGGCAAAAAGAAAAGAGUUUACAUCUAGAUGAUGUCUUUAAUGCAUUGGCUCUUGGAUCCUUACUUGCUUUUGCCAUCACAUAUCAGGUUUACCUGCCUAUCCAAUAUAACUACCAACUAUAUGCACUUGGUCUCGGAGGAUAUCUUCCUAGCGACGAUCAGUUGAUGUAUGCACAAAACGUGGGCAUCGUCAACAUUGUUUUCUUUUGGUGGGCUCUAUUCUCGAUAUCCAAUGCAUUUCGAAAAUGGUGGAUAGCGGUCGCAAUCUACACUGGAAUUUCGUUUCUCGCAACCUUCUUCGUCAUUUUUUGGUCAUGUAAAACUCCCAGUCAACUUGAAGAUCUUGAAGCAUGCAAUACCAUAUCUGAGGAGCUCAUCAUUGGUCUCGAAACUUUGUGGUGUGUUUUCAACACAGUGGGAGAUAUCUUGACGAUGACACUACCUUUCGGCAUGCUACGUGCAAUGCAUGCCCACAUCUCGGAAACUAGGUGUGGCAGCUAUCGCCGGCCUAGUGAUCAUCAACAUACUUUUCGACGUCCUCCGAACCAUCUACACCGUCGGAAGCUAUACAAGCUCAUUCCCCAAUGCCAAUGCAGUUUGGGCUCUCUGCAAACCCACCAUAGCCGUAAUGGUAUGCGCACUGCCCCCCUAUCGAACAUUACUUUUUCGAAAAAAGAUCGAUCCUUCGACUUCAUACCCGGGGAUGCAUGGAACGAGGAGUACUCGGAAAACUAA